AUGAAAAGGAUAAAAAAUGUAGAACCUGUGAAGGAGAAGAGUGAAGAGCAAAUUGUUGAGCCUUCGACAACCAUGACCAAAGCUACUGUCCCUGAUAAGGGAAAUAAGAUUGUAGUUGAAGAUGAUCUUUCUCAUGGUGUAGUAGAUCUAAGCACCUUAUCCCCUCUUCAAGCAUUAAAGUUGGCCACUCUUGCGCUGAUCAAGGCCAGUGAGGACUUACUCAAGUCCGUUUCGGAAGAGAAAGAUGAGUUGAGAAAAUACAACACCACAGGAGCCUCAGGGAGUAGUGGCGGCCGGGGAGGCGGUGCUGUCGGGAAGCAGCAGCCAGGGAAGCCAGUGGCUAAGCGCGGCGAUGGGCAGAGGGGCAACCGGGAAGUGGCAACCGCAAGGAGGAGCCGGCGGGGGCCGGGAGCCGGCAGCGGCCGGGAAGAACCUACUGUGGGGGUUGGAAAGGGCAGCCGGUGGGGGCCGGAGGGGCCACCGGCGGGAGCCGCAAAGGCCGGACUAACAGGUCUGACAAGCCUGUCAGUUCGGUACCCUGCGAGCGGUGGUCGGCCAGAAAAAAGGGUCGGGGAGCCGGAGCGGCGACCGGGGAUUGAGCGGCAGGGGCCAGGGCGGAGGCCGCAGGAUGAGUGGCAAGCCGGGGCCGCAGGCAGGCGGCGGCGAAAGGCGGUGGGUGUAGGGAGUAGUGGCGGCCGAGGAGGUGGUGCUGUCGGGAAGCGGUGGCCGGGGAAGCCAGCGGCUGAGUGCAGCAGCGGGCGGAGGGGCAGCCGGGAAGCGACAGCCGCAAGGAGGAGCCGGCAAGGGCCGGGAGCCGGCAGGGGCCGGGAAGAACCUACUGCGGGGGCCGGAAAGGGCAGCCGGUGGGGGCCGGAGGGGCCACCAGCGGGGGCCGCAGAGGCCGGACUGACAGGUCUGACAGGCCUGUCAAUCUGGUACCCUGCGGCAGAUGAAUCGCACGUGCAGCAGAGAGGACUGGCAAAGGGCGUGGAUUUGGCAUUUACAUCUGCCAAUCGGAUUUGCAUUGAAAGUUAA